CCACACCUGAAAGAAUCCUGCCCACGAAGUCAAACACAGAUCAUUAUUAAAGUAGCCAUGUACAUGUUCAUGGUGUUCACCAUUCUGAUGACUGUCUGUGGAAACCUGCUGGUCAUCAUCUCCAUCUCUCAUUUCAGACAGCUCCAUUCUCCAACAAACCUCCUCGUCCUCUCUUUAGCAUGCACUGACUGGUUCUUGGGGUCUUUCAUUAUGCCCUAUAGUAUGAUCAGAUCUGUGGAAAACUGUUGGUAUUUUGGAGAAACUACAUGCAAAAUGCACUCUAGUUUUGACAUGAUGAUGACCAUUACAUCCAUUUUGCAUCUCUGUCUAAUUUCUGUUGACAGAUAUUGGGCCAUCUGUAAGCCUCUUCAGUACAAAACCUUGGUAUCCAUGCAAAAGGUGGCCUGCCUCAUUGUCAUCACAUGGAUUUUCUCAUUUGGAUUUGUUUUUGGCGUGGUUCUCUCAAAGGUUCAUUCGGUCGGCAUGGAGGAGUUCAUCAUGAUGAACUCCUGUGCAGGCACCUGUCUUCUGAUUCUCAACAAAGAAUGGGGAGUUGUAGCAGCUUUAGUGGCCUUUUUCAUUCCAGGAACAGUAAUGACAUCACUCUAUCUUAAGGUUUUCUAUGUUGCCAGAAGCCAUGCCAGAAAGAUCAAUGACAGCUUGGCAGUGACGGGAGAAAUAAAUAACCACAAGAACCGCUUGUCUGAGCAACGAGAGAAAAAGGCUGCAAAGACACUUGGCUUUGUGAUGGGAGUCUUUCUGUUGUGUUGGCUACCAUUUUUUAUCACCAUUGUUGUAGAUCCUUUCAUUAAUUUUUCAACUCCGAGUAGUGUAUUUGAUGGUCUUAUGUGGUUGGGGUAUGUUAAUUCUACUUGUAACCCUCUCAUUUAUGGAUUUUUCUAUCCCUGGUUUCAGAAAGUGUUUAAAAUGAUUAUAACGGGGAAGGUUUUUCACAGUGGUUCUUCAUCACUAAAUAUUUAUUCAUCGAAAAUAUAA